CUUCGCCCUGUGUGCGUGUUGCCUUCAUGGACCCUCGGUGUCUGGACACUUCCUCGGGCUCGGUCGCAGCCGGAUCCUCGAGCUUCGCUUCUUCUUCUUCUUCUUUGUGUUUCUCAGAACCGAACAUUUGGACCUAAAGUGUCCAACGAACUUCCUCGCUCCUCUUCCAGCCUCGAGCGCCAUGAACGGGAAGUCUUCUCACGGGGCCGCGGGGGGGAUGGCCUGCAUCGACGGGCUGCCGCCGCUGCCCAAGAGCCUGAGCGGCUUGCUGAACUCGAGCGGCGGCUCCUGGAGGGACAUGGAGCGCAUGUACGUGAAGAAGACGAUGAUCCAGGACGACCUGAGCCGGGGCCGGAACCACGGGGGGGAGAGCCUGCUGGCCCACAAGCCGCAGAACCUGGACGCGGCGCUGGCGCUGCUGCGGAAGGAGAUGGUGGGUCUGCGGCAGCAGGACAUGUCCCUGCUGUGCCAGCUGUGGUCGCUCCACGAGUCCAUCCAGGAGUACAAGGGCAGCUGCCAGGACCUGAGCGCCGCCUCCAGCCUCAGCCUGAUGGAGAACGGCUACUUCGACGAGGACGACGAGUAUUACCCGGAGACCGGCGCCACCCCCACCGGGGAGCAGCCGGACGGGGAGGUCGGAGACGCCACAGCGGCCAAGAACGGGAGCGGUAUCGGCAAAGACGACAGCUGGGACUCUUUUCACGUCACCAUCUGAGGCCUCGUUCUCAGCAUCUCUCUGCAGAUGGAAAGACACUUCGGGGGGAGUGAGUAAAGCUGGAGGAUCAGUGGAGCGGCUUUAAAAAAGAGCUUUUGGCCUUGGAGAAGGGAGCGGCUGGUCAGAGAUGUGGUGUCUCUUCACCGUAGCAGACUGUAAAUACAAAGCACCAGCUCCAGUGUGAUGGUUCUGCUCCUCCGGGGAAACGUUCACCUGCGGCCCGGUGUCCUGACGAUCCGCCUGACGCCCUCUGAAACACUCAGGAGUCCAGAUGGAUCGUUUUGAAUACUCCAAAUUAGGAAAAUAUAUAUAUAUGACGUAUUCCAUUUAUAAUCGGCUCUGCUGCUGCUUCUGUAUCCACUAGCCAGGCUCCCUUUAUGGCAGAACUUUUUUUUUUUUUUACAUAACCAAGAUAUAUGAACAAAGUUUUAUUAUUUAUUAUAUAAUAUAAAUAGCUCUCAAUGGAAAGUUUGUACUUCAGCUCCACCCGGGAACAAGGGAACAGCAUCUACCUGUUGGACUUGGGGUGAAUAAAGAGGAUUGGAUUUCUGAGCUCUGCGAUCGACUUGUUGACCUGUUGAUGGAGACUGUGGAGGGGGGGGGGGGUUGAAUCCAUCAGGGCAGAAGUGGAGAAUGAUAUGGAGGUCUGCUGUGGGAGGGGGGGAUCCUCCUCACUUUCUUUGCCUUACAGUCGGAGCAGAUGUUAGCUCUAAAAAUGUGAAACGUUCAAAAUGCUGGAAACUGUUUUAAACUCUUUACUUUUGGUGAAACAUGCGACCGCCCAGUGCACCAGGCAAUGAGUCAUGGACAUUACAAACUGCCAUGUUUACUUUUCAUAGUUAUGACCUUUUGUUUCUGUCAAUAAUAACAUUGUACUCAUCAGGAUCUGGGAAAUUGGCAACUCAGCCACUCUUUUGAGUGCAAUUUUAUCAUAAUCGGUAGAAAUAGCAGCCAAAACUAUGAAAAUACAACCCAAGUUGUGCUAAACUGUAAUUAUUCCUCAACACAGCCAGUUAGGAAGUGAUAACCAGUAAUAAUCAGGACGAAACAACACAAAAUGAGCAACUUUCUACCCAACUUUGAGGCUUUUAUUAAUAUAAUCUAUUUGAAUGCCUGGUCGUGACGCACUUCUCUCGUAGCUUGCACUUGAUCGUUGGAACAGACUCACUGGGAAAAAUCACAAGUGCAAACGUGACUUUGAAAAGUUGUGUGUCGGUCGGAUUGUGAGCACGCUGUUGUCGUCCAUGUCGCAGAGCGAAGUCGAAGCUGUAGCUCUAAACCUGGUCGCAGAUAUCAGUUCAAUACAGGGUGCUUUUCUAAAACUGUUUUUCCUUCAAGAUCCUGAACAUUCUCACCGUAGCAUCACAUGCAGGCUGAACAUCAGUUCAGAUUCAUCAGACAGAUUUUCUAAACAUCCACUUUUCCAUUUCUACUCAUUUCUUUUCUCUUACAAGAUUGUAGCAGGGAGAGUUUGUUGUGUUCAGUGGAAACCAGUGAACAAUCUGGACAGUUCCAGUGUCGUCCUCACGGAUCUCCUCGUACAGUCUGAGGAGUGUUUCCAUUUACUAACACAGCCUUACUUUAAACUCUAUCUUCUCUGUUUCUGCCGUCGUCCUGCGUCAUGUAUCUUACGACAGGCCGAGACACUUGGAUGUGUGUGUGCAUAUAUUCUUCACCUCUAAUCGUCACAUGAAUGCUCUGUCCGGUCGUCCUUCAUGUCUGAACUCUCGGCCUCGAUCUGUAGCACGUUGCCGUCUCAGCUCCGGUGAGCAGCAGCUGAUUUCAGUCACGUGUUGAUGCUGAGUCUGUAAAGAUCAGAGACUGUAGAAAGAUGGACGACAGGUCCCCUCUUCCUCCUGUUGUAGAAAAGUGAAGCCAAAAUGUCCAGGAUACGCGUGACUCCAUUUUGCUCUGUGGGCGUCUUUUGGAGCCAGAAGCUGCACAGUCGUGUUUAAAACCUCAAAUAACUUAAUAAAACCAAACUUAUCAGAAAUAUAAACACGUGGAUGAACAUCAAUGUGAUGAGAAAGACUUAAAAUUACAGAAACCUUCUAAUUAAAUGUUUAUUUCGACCUUUUAAUUUAGUUCAAGGCCCUUAGCUAACAUGGAGGAGGCAGGGUCUAUAACCUAUACUGCAGCCAGCCAGCAGGGGGCGAUCAAGAUGAUUUGGCUCCACUUUCAGGAAGUUGUCAUGUCGUCCAUCUUUAUUCACAGUCUACGAUAUUGAUCACAUGACCUCACGUCUCACAAACCAAAGAAGUUGCAGAACUCAAAAUGAAAAGUAUUCGGUUCAAGUUGCUGAGGAGGAAUUUUACUUUGAAGGUUCAGUUCAACAUGAUCCCUGACGUGUUGAAGAAUGUCUCCACGCGUCAUGUGACAGCUGAUGAAUGGAGCUGGACACUCAAUGUUAUUCUCUGAGUCCGAGCGGUGUCAUGAACACACUGAUGUUUGAUUUGUAGCGACGUGGUUAUUGUGACGUUGAUUUCACCGACUGACGUAUGAAAGUCUCGAAGAUUCAUUUGAACACAGUCACAGCUUAAAGAGCUCAAAGCCUCAUGUGUAGAAACGUUUGUUGGUAAAGGAAAUGUUUGACAUUUGGGGGAAAUGCACAUAUUUGUAUAAAAUCAUUAACACAACCGUCAUGUUUGUACAGUGGUUAGCUCGUUAGCUUAGCUUAGCACAAUGAGCGUUUACAAGGGGAAACAGUUCAAAUCCACCGGCACGACUAAAGCUCAUCAAUUAACAGCUCAGUGUUUAAAUCUGUACACAAACCGAAGUUCAAACACAACUCGUGUGAACCACAAGUACACAAGUCAGCAUGUUUCACAAAAUGUCAAAUUGUUCCUUUACCAAGUUUAAUCAUUUCAAUCGAUUUGGUUUAACUCUCAAUGAGGCUUUUUCUGCUUCUCACGUAUUUACUCACUUUUAAUCUGAAAACCUUAAUUAGAAUCUAAAUGCGUCUGCAAAUGUCUUAAUGCAAAAACAUAACCAGUCAGACAGAGAACAAUGGUUUCUUUAUAUAAUCAUCUCAAUUGAAUGUUUGUGUUAUUUGUCAUGGAGUUUUCUCUCCACUGUUUAUCACAUGUUACAGUUUGUCUGGAUCUGAGUGAUGCUGAUAUUUUACAGUCACAUUCGGCUUUUUGGGGUCGUUUCAUAAAACGUUGUUCUGUUGUUAAAGCUCACAAACGAUCGGACAGAUGGGAAAUCCAGACCCAGGCCUGUUAUUGGAUGUCUACACAUUUAGUGCCUUUUAGAAAUCUUCAGGUCUCAGACUGAUUUAAAAAGUGAAGAGCAAGGCUGGGAGGGAAAAUGUUCUGUCAUUUUCUAAAGUAGCAAUAAGACGAAAGUUCAGUAUAAAUCAACAUAAUGGUUAUUUAUGCAUCGUGCAAAUAAAUUGUAAAUGUUCUUCCUCACACUCACACGUCGGCCUCAGUUUGUGUGUUUUUCCUUAAAAGAAUUUGCCUUUAAAUUUGAAUUAAACAAUGAUUUAUCUACAUUUAUCCUGAUAAUAAUCAAUAUUGACUGAUAUAAAUAAGGAAAAUAGCAGGAGAGACUUUUCCAUCCACACAACAGAUUUGGAUAAAUGUUCGGUAAUAACAGCUUCAUACUUCAUACAAGAUUUAUUCUGAUCCUUUCAGUCUCCACUGUUAUUUGUCGUCUUUAAUUAAUAUAUAUAUAUAUAUAUACAACAGCCUUAAAAUCUGUCACGUCAAUUGCAAAAUAAGCUCCGUGUUGAGAUCCUCACUCGUUCGGCUUUGCACUUGUUUCGUUUGUGGCUGUUUCGUGUUCAAUCCCCUUAAACCGACAGCAUCCUGCUCCUCCUCCUCCUCCUCUUCGUCCCACCGGCACACUGCGCCUCUUGUACAGGAACACGACUGUAACCGAAUCCAGCACAGACCAGUUUGAAUGGUGCUUUUCACCAACACCAGCAAACUGCACCCAGUGUCGUAAAGCGUUAGCAGUUGAAUAUUGUGUAUUUUCUACUUUUGAAACAAACCCUCUCUCUUUUCAUGAAGUUGUUGGAUGUGUGACGUUGUGUGGUUUGUGUUGUUGGGACAAAAAACUCUUUAAAUGUGACUUUAUAAUAUUCGGUCGUGUCGUAUUAUUUAACAUCUAUAACUGUACAGAUGAAUAUGAUGUCAUGUCCCACCCUCAUUUUCUCUUAAAGGUCAAACUUUCAGUGCGAGUUUCUCUAAAUCCAAAAAGCGAGGGCUUCUUCUCUCUGGAGCCGAACAAUCACAUGGAGACAUGUUUCCUACUGGAGGGGCCUCGAUGGACCAGAAUGCAUCUCACCACAGAGACGCAGUGUGUGUACACAGCCGUGCUCUCGUGGUUGUGGGGAUGCAUUCUGGGAAAUGUGAAGGUUGUGGAAGAGGCUGCACCAAAAAUAGCAAAAGGAGACACUUAAUCAAAGUUGAUGAUAUUUAACGAGUGGGUGUCGGGGGGGGGGGGGUGUCCCGUGUGGAGCUUUUCUGUUAAAUCAGCCGCGAAACACAACAGACGCUAACAGAUGCUUUUUUUGCAGCCGUCUACCAGCAUUGACUCAAAGAAUAUACACGUUAACAUCCAGCCUUGAAUAUGUGUGGCUUCAUAUUUAUAUACAUUCAUUAAGUCCGUAUAGUGACAAAAGGUUUUGAUGUAUUUUGUGUUGUAUAAACAAACGUUCAGAGAACAUUGUGUGAAGCUUGUGUUGUUGUGAUCCCUCAUGACUCCUGCUCUUUAACCCCUGAACGACCUUACUACUGUUUCUUUGGACAAUAUAGUCUCUCAAUGCUUUCCUCUCAUAGUUAUUAUCCCGUUAUUAAUUUAAUAAAGUGGUUCCAUACUU